AUGAAAUCAAUGUUGCUUUGCCUCUGUGCUUUUACUCUGUUUUCAGCUAUAGGUCUGGUGCAUUGCCAUUUCCACAGCACCACAGAAAUCCCUCCACGCCUAACACAGAAAAAGACCAGCCUCCACUUCUUCCUCCACCACUCCUUCAAAGGCAGUAAACCCAGUUCAGUCAUUGUAGCAGGGGCAAACAGCAGCACAGGCAACAAUAGCCUGCUGUCACCAUUCGGCACAGGGCAUGUGCUUGAUGAGCACUUGACAGAAGGCCCAGAACCCACAUCAAAAGUAAUUGGAAAUGCCCAGGGUCUUCUAGUAUCUUCAGGUCCAAAGGAAUUGUCCCUUGCUGUGUACUUGGAUUUUGGGUUUACUACUGGGGAGUUUGAUGGGAGUUCCAUUGUGGUGGCUUCAAGGUUUCCGGUGGCGGCAGACUUUGCUGAGCUUGAAGUGGUUGGUGGAAGAGAAAAGUUUAGGAUGACCAGUGGGUUUGUAGAGCUUAAAAGGUAUUACUUCAAUGAGACUACAGGUGAGGCCAUCGGAGAGUGGUCGAGUACUCUCUUCUACUGGUCAGCUCAAAUGUUAAUUGUUUUUUAA